AUGUCGGCACCCGAAAAACUGAAAGAAGAUGACUUGGCAACCAUUCCGAUUGGUGACGCCAACGACCCAGGACCUGACAGCGACAGCGCAAAAAGUAACGGGAGCACUAUCCCUGAGUAUCCAGCUGGCCUCCGCCUAAGCAUCAUCGUCUUGGCACUGCUUCUGUGCAUGUUCCUGCAGGCGCUCGAUAUGACAAUCGUUGCCACAGCUAUUCCUAAGAUCACUGACGAGUUUCCCGGUUUGGACCUCGUGUCCUGGUACGGCUCGGCAUUCUUCAUGUGCCUCGCCGCCUUCCAAACUACCUGGGGCAAGAUCUACAAGUACUUUCCACUCAAGCUGGCUUACCUGGCCUCCAUCCUGAUCUUCGAGAUCGGUAGCCUGCUCUGCGGCGCCGCGCCCAAUGCUAUCACCCUCAUCCUCGGAAGAGCUAUUGCUGGUAUAGGUGCUGCUGGCAUCGGUUCCGGUUCAUACAUCCUCGGCGCCUUUUCCGUCCCACCCGCCAAGCGACCCUUGCUUACAGCCACCCUCAGUAUCUCGUACGGUGUCGCGAGCGUCAUAGGUCCUCUUGUCGGUGGUGUCUUUUCCGACAAGGUGUCCUGGCGCUGGUGCUUUUAUAUCAACCUUCCUGCCGGUGCCAUCUCCGCGAUGAUUAUUAUCUUCUUCUUCGACACGCCUGCCGCGGCAAAACCCACACCGGCGUCGUGGAGGGAGAAACUGCUACAGAUGGACCUUUUCGGAGCUUUCCUCUUGAUGGGCGCCGUUAUUUCUUACAUGCUUGCACUGCAGUACGGAGGACAGACCAAGGCCUGGAACUCCUCGCAGGUCAUUGGGCUCCUUGUAGGCUUUGUCGCCAUCUCGGCCGUGUUCAUGAUCUGGGAGGUAGCCGCAGGAGAGCGGGCCGUUGUCGUUCCACGCAUCAUUCGUCAGCGGGUUAUAUACGUCAGCUCACUUUUUGCCUUCUUUUUUGUCGGCUCUUACUUUUUGAUACUGUAUUUCCUGCCGCUUUAUUUCCAAUCUGUGGGCAAUGCUUCACCUACCGAGUCCGGAGUUCGCAACCUCCCGCUGGUUCUGGCCAACAUUGUCACAAGCCUCGGGGCUGGAGUAGCCAUUAGCAUGACUGGGUACUACGUCCCGUUCUUGAUCGUUUCGUCCGCCCUUGGAACCGUCACAGCGGGACUCCUUUACACGCUCUCUGCCGGGUCCACUUCUGGUGCUUGGAUCGGAUAUCAGGUACUUGCUGGGAUAGCAUGGGGCCUGGGAGGACAAGUCCCCGUCAUGGCGGUGCAGGCUAGUGUUGCCGCGUCAGACAUCUCAUCGGCCACAGCAAUUGUUCUUCUUUUCCAAACCAUUGGCGGCUCCUUUUUCCUCUCAGCAAGUCAGUCCGCUUUCGUGAACCGGCUUUUAUCCUCACUGCCUCCCAUUGAAGGCGUUGAACCAGCUCGGGUCGUGGAGACGGGCGCGACACAGAUCCGCUCAACAUUUGCUCCUAAUGUUGUGCCAGGUAUAGUUUCGGCCUAUAUGGUGGGCAUCAAAACCGCGUUUCUUAUUGCAAUCGCUGGAACCAGUGUGGCGUUCGUCUUUUCCUGGGGUAGCAAGUGGGUGAGGUUGAACAGGGAAAAGCAGAACGACACAGAGGAGGCCAUGAAUAAUGAGAAAGAUCAGGCCUAA